GCAACAUCCGCUCUCUGACUGUUACUGUUAUGACAACAAACUAUAAAAGUUGGAUGAAUGGCUUCGAAGAAGAUGCAGCAGCGGCGGGUUUCCUCCUCUGAAGUGCCGCAGAAGUGUCUGAAAUGCUCCGUACAGCUGAACAUCCAGGCAGUCACAUGCCCAGGAGUGCUGCUCACUAAGAAGAAUGAUAUCUACCUCAGUGUGUGCAUCAUGGGCCAGUACAGGAAGACCCCCUGUUUGCCGCCGGUCUUCCCCUUACGCUUUCUGCACAAAAUGUUUUUUGUCAAGACUUUCCCCGGCGUUGUUGACCCUGCUGAUGUAGCCGACCUCCUCGAAGCUGACACCACGUCUUUUGAGCUGAUUCAGUCGGUGCCUCCAGAAGGUGAAAUCUUAGCCACAAUGAAGGAAAGCAGCAGAAAUUUCCUGUAUCCCGGUCCCACACUGAGCUCCAGAGAAGGAGCUGCAGAGAGAGAGAUGCUGAUGAAAAGAUCCUCCUCCUUCCCCGGAAUCUCCCCAAAAGUGGAGUUUACCACAACAUCAGUCAUAGAGGAGAGUGAUGGAGGAGACAGCUGGACCGCCUCGCCUAAUUCUCUUUCUCCAGUGAGGCCAUCUUCAACCCCAGCAGAAAAGUCUUCCAGUGGGCAUUUUUCCAAAACAGAUAAUUUGAACCGUGCCUCUGUGAGAGGUGGGAAGGAAAAGCUAAAUGUUGACACUGGAACUGCAAACUCUGCAACAUCCAGACGCCGUCCCGUUUCAUCCUCAUCUGGCUGCAGCCCUCAGAAAAGCAAGAAGGAAAGAAAACACACUGCGACCAGACUUUCUGUGGACUCUGGCUACCAGCAGCCCACAGUUUCCUCCAGGACACGAGCCCUGUCGCCUUACACCCACCGCAAGAUGUGCCAGCUUUCUGAGGACGCCAGGCAGAGGCUCCACCACCUCCAUCUGGGGCCUCACCGCUUCAGGAAGGAGACCGAGAGCCAGCCGCCCUUCCUGGUCUCCCGUUGCAGUAACGUCUCCUGGAUGGAAACGCCGUCUUCCUCUGCAGGAAAUACUAGUUUACAUCGACGCUCCGCCAGCUUCUCUGCCGAUCACACAGAUUCUUCCCUCCACGGGAGUUACAGACCAAGAACAACCAGAGUGGAAUCGGGUUCUGUGAAGGUUCAGUCGCCUCUGGAGACCCCGGCUAAACACGAACCGAAGAUCAAAAGCCCUGCGAGGGGUUCUGCCUCGGCUCAGUCCAGCCCGGUGCUGUCACACUCCAGAAGUCCUCUGAAUGUCAGCGGCCAUUCCCUCAGAGAAAGGUUUCAGACCAGUCAGCCCAGUCCGUCCUACUGGGAGCAGAUCCACAGUCGAGUCCAGAGGAUCCUGCAGACCCACAAAACCAAGUGGGAUGAACAAAUGAGCUUUGACCUUUAACCUGCCGUUCUGAUCACAAAGUGACCAAAUAUUUAGGAGUUUUCACUGUUAAACCAGCUGCACUAAUAGUCUUUUACCUUCAGUAUUCCAUUUGUAUCGAGGCUACAGACAUUAACACGCCUUAACCUCGAGAUUUUAUCGCUCUGUGAGUGGAACCGGCUCACACAUGUGUCUUAAUUUAUCUCCCUUUCAUGUUCAUGUAAAUCUCAAACCUCCCCAUCGUGCGCUGAGCAGCGUCAGCCGCCGUCGCUCUUUGAAAAGGCAGGAAAUUUGCAGGGGUUACAUUCAAAAGCGUAGCAGCAGCAGCAGCUUCCCUCCCACCCAUCAGCUGGGCUGUAUUUUAAAAUGCCCCGAUGGCGAAACCAAACAGAGACGUCGUCUAAUUUCUCCAAAGCUGUGUGUGAAAUUGGCUCGGGUAUAAAGAGCCAGUUUUUUUCUUAAAGUGUGUGUGUGGGAAGGAGACGUAGUGGAUGUAAGCUGCAGCUGUUAAGGGCUCAUCUCUCACAACACAAAGGAGAGACAAGAAGGUAGCCAAGAGCCACUGCUGGGAGCCAGGAGCUACAAGAGACUGAGGAGAUUUGAGGGAGAGGAGGAACAAAAGUAAUCCUGAAUGAAAGAGCAGGAGACACAAAGAGAUUUAGCCCUAACAGGAACCAAAAGACAGUUUCACAGAGACCUCUUCUGUGCUGAAAAUCAGAACUACGUGUGGUGUUUGUGCCACUGAGGUCCUCUAUGUGAUCAUUCUGCCACAGCAGCAGUCAAACCUUUCAUCAUGGCUAAUAAAACGAAGCGCAGCAGCGUUAUGAGCUCUCCUCACAAAUUAAUACUGAAUCACACUAAAUGUAGGCGAUGUUUUGUGUUUUGCAGCCGGGAACACAGUAAAUCAUCACCUUUUAUUUGACUGAAGUGUUACUCUCUGGCUAUAUGUGCAGCAAUUAUCUAAUUAAUGAUCAAAUGAAAUUCUUCUCAUAUUGUGCUCAGAGACAGAGGAAAUAUAUCUUCUUUUUAAUAAAUCAGACGCACAUCUGUAUCCUGACGCCUCAUUUCCACAGUUCUGUGUUCAAAUCAACCAGAUCCAUUCAUUCCUAUGAUCUCUGAUACGUUUGCGACACUCCUGCUUCUGUUUACUUCGUUUUUCAGUCUCGAAUUUCCCUUGAGUAUUUUGAAAACUUUAACUUUUGCCGUGGACUGGACUGUGUAUGACAGAAAGUUGGAUAAAUUAAGUAGCUAACAGGCUAUUUGGUUGUUUGAAUAUGUUGACAGUCAAAUCAUCUGCAUGUGUAAUUGGAAAAUAAGCUAGUUUAGCCCAUGCUAGCUUAUUUUGCCACAUGUGGAGCUGGUUUAGUGUAAUGUAUUGUGACAGGACGAUAUGUUUAACUAAACCGGCUCCACAUGUGGCAGAAUAACCUCCUCACAUGUAUUAUUGGUUCUGUUUUAGUGUCAGUAAUGCUUUGUGCACAUAUUCUGUAAAAACUGGUAACCUCUGACUAUCCUUUCAUCUGUAAUCAAAUCCUUUUCCUUGCAUUAAACACCACAAGACACAGUCUGAGUAUUCCACACGUUGACAAACUAUGUGGAAAUGAGGUGUUAACUUCAAUUUGUAAUGUUUUGUCUGCCACUCAUAUUUACAGCUGCUAAUGUUUCACUGUGCGAAGUUUUGUGUUCUUUUUAGUCACAUCAUCUGAUGAUUUAAUCAUGCUGUAGGAGGAGCUUUUAUUUAAAUUAUGACCAGUUGGAUUUUACACAAACAGUGUGAGACAAAAAUAUUUCAAUGUUCAAUUGAUCCCAUUUAAUUUUUAUAGUAUAAAUUCCAGGUUCAUUUGAGUUAAUAAAAAGGUCAAGUUAAAGUUGUAAAUAUAAGCAUGUACAUCAUAUUUACUAUACAAAGUAAUGACUGUUUAUUACUAAAUCACGCCGACUCUGAUCGUCUGUUUCACACAAUCAGCUUCCUGAUGUUCACACACUCAUUCAGUCUUUAUAA